UUCGGGAGCCGCCGCGCCGCGGCCUGCGGUGAAGGUGACGCGGGCCCGGGGCCCCGCUCGGCGGCGGGCGGGACCCGCGGGGCCUCCCGCGCCCCGGGGAGGGCGGCGGGGAGCGGAGCGGCGCUGGCACCGGGGAGCGCUCGGGACCGCGUGGCCGCCCCGCGGGGCUGCGCGUCCGGAUGGGCCCGUGCGGGCGGGUGCGGGAAACACGUUAAUGAGGCACCUGCGGCGGAGCGGCCCGGCCGGUACCGAGCGCAGCGCGGGGGCGCCGGGACGCGGCUGCGGGUCCCCAGGCGCGGAGGUGACCUCGUGUCCCCGUGUCCCCGCUCCGCGCGGGGGGGGCGCGCGGUGCCCCGGCCGGUGCUUCCCCGUUAACGGCGAUUCACGGGGUUCGCUGAAGCCGUUUCAGCGUUUGCCGUUCAGACGCCGGUAACCGCGCUGCUGCUGCUUUAAAUUUCGCAGAAGGGGUCUGGAGGAGGGAAAAGGUCCCUUUGUGGUGACAGGGGACUGGAGCAUUAUGACAGUCGAGGCUUUAAAAGCUCGUGAGUUCCCCUGACGGCCAGGCGCGUCCUCUGCUGGUGCUGUGGAUGUCAAUAAAGAGGGGUUGGAGGCAACACUUCUCAUGGAGCAGGUAACAUCGAAAGGCGCCGGCUUAAACCCCAACGCAAAAGUGUGGCAGGAAGCGCCCCAGGGGAGCGGCGAGGCUGUGCCGCCGACAAAUGGUGCAGAGCACUCAUGGCAAGAGCCGGCGGCUGCGCAAGGGACGCACGGCGAGGGUAACAUCGAGAUUUCAGAGGACGGCUGCAAGCAGUAUGAAGUGAUGUACUCCCCGUCUUGCGAAGCCACAAGAAAUGGCACAGGAGUUGACGAAGCGUCUGCAAAUGGAAUUGUCCUGGCGACCGAAGAUCUUGGAUACCAAAUCUACGAAGUGUCUGGUGACGGCAACUCUGCUGUGUCCACAGAAGAUAUUAGAGAAUGUUUGAAAAAACAACUUGAAUUCUGCUUCUCACGUGAGAAUCUUUCCAAGGAUCUCUACUUGAUGUCUCAAAUGGACAGCGAUCAGUUUGUUCCCAUCUGGACAAUUGCCAACAUGGAAGGUAUUAAGAAGCUGACAACCGAUAUGGACCUUAUUCUGGAAGUUUUGCGAUCUUCUCCUAUGGUACAAGUGGAUGAGAGAGGGGAGAAAGUCAGACCAAACCACAAACGAUGUAUUAUCAUCCUCCGCGAGAUCCCCGAGACAACACCUAUAGAGGAGGUGAAGGCUCUGUUUAAAAAUGAAAACUGCCCCAAAGUGAUAAGCUGUGAGUUUGCUCACAACAACAACUGGUACGUUACAUUCCAGUCAGACACAGAUGCACAACAGGCGUUUAAAUACUUAAGGGAAGAAGUGAAAACCUUUCAGGGCAAGCCAGUUAUGGCAAGGAUAAAAGCCAUCAACACGUUUUUUGCUAAGAAUGGUUACCGGGUGGUGGAUUCCAGUGUGUACACGCAGCCGGUUCAAACACAAGCACAGUUUGCCUCCCCGCUGUUCAUGCAGCCUGUAUAUAGUCCUCAGCAGUACUCGAUUUACAGCAUCGUGCCUCAGACGUGGUCUCCAAAUCCCGCACCUUACUUUGAAACACCACUGGCCCCCUUUCCUAACGGUGGAUUUGUGAAUGGCUUUAAUACACCAGGAUCAUAUAAAACAAAUGCUGCUUCUUUGAGUAUAGGUCGCCCAUUCCAUAGAAAUCGCGUGAAGCCUCAUUUCCGAUCAUCCAACAGCUCAGAACACGCUGCGGAGGGUCCAGCUGCUGUCGGCACCAUGUCCGUGGGGGACGGACCGCUGAGCAGAACCAGCGCGAGGAAUUUUGUUAUGGAGCGACAUAACAGCGCGUUAACUGGGCCCCAAGACCAAGGUUAUUCCCAGAAGGAUUCUCCUACCGCACAGAUGGAGCAGAACGGAGAUUACGGCAUUGGCAGGGGCAGGAGGAACGUUUUCAGAGGGCGGAGGAGACGAGAAGAUGAGCGGGUUUCAAGACCUCAGCUUUCAACAGAAACAAAGACUCAGACACCAAAGUUUGACUUGCUAGCAUCGAAUUUCCCACCUUUGCCUGGCAGCACAGCAAAAAUCCCGGGAGAGCCUGUGCUGGAGAGCAGGAUGUCCGAUGUGGUUAAAGGAGUCUGCAAAGAAAAGGAAAGCAAAGAUUUGCUGCCCAGCAGUCCAGCUCCUGCUCAGGAAGAACAGACGCACAGCACUGUCCAGCAGCCCGUGACAAGCGCGAGUUCACCAAACCAGACUGAAGCUGUGGUGUUAAGCACAGUUCAGCCAGACAGCAAACCAGAAGAAGUGACUGCUCAGAAAGAGGUCGCCAGCCACGCUUCCCCGCCGCAGUGCGUGUCUCCUGUCAGCGCUGCGAAGCCUCCAAGGACAAACACCACGUCACCUUCCAGCGCAGGCGCAGCUCCCGCUCUGUCGCUGCAGGAGCCGCGCAAGCUCAGUUACGCUGAAGUUUGCCAGAAGCCCCCGAAGGAGCUGCCUCCAGUUCCUGUUCAGCCUCUUAGGGAGCAUCGCACCAACAUAGUUCCCCCUGCCAAAACUGAAGAGAACGGCACAGCCGAGAAGGCUCCGGAGAAGGCGCACGACAAGGUUGAAGGUCGAAUGAAGGAUUAUUCUGGGUUCCGAGGCAACGGGCCGCCCAGGGGAGCUGCUGGGAAAAUCAGGGAACAGAGGCGCCAGUUUGGACGCAGAUCAUCGCCUCAGGGAGCACCGCGGCGUGUCGGCAAGGAGCAGUACGUGCCACCCCGGUCACCAAAGUAACGCUUGGCCAGCCAAUUAUUCUCUAUUUAAUUGGAGCUGUGGACUAAUAAGCAGCAAAGGAGACUGAGAAAGAAGUAUUCGUGAAGGGGAAUACUGAACUGGAGCGUGGCUUGUGUGGAGAAGUUGUGGAGGGUCCCAAAAUUCAUCUCUAAAAGUGAUUUCACAAAUGCUGGAGGAUUCCAAUCAAUAUAAAUAUAGAGAUUAUAAUUUUUGUAUUUUUGUUUUUAAUUUGCAGAGGGUUUCCUGCUUGAAAUCAGUUUUGGGGUUGUGAACUAGCAUUUUGACAAAGUGAAAGAGUAUGAGUUGACAAAUUAACCUGUCCCUCGGUGUAGGAGGAAAAGGCUAAGAGAAUAUUAUUUUUGAAAAAUGAGCAUUUCUGUAAAAUUAGAACUUUUUUUAACCUAUUUAACCUUUGGCUUGUCGGGUGAUGUGUCUGCCAUCGAUGGCCUUGCACUGCAGAGCACAUCGGCAGCGUGUGAGUGGAGUGAGUGCAGCCAGAUACUGUUGUCGUGACUUAGUCACCGAUGAUGAAAACUGAAUGUACUACUGUAGUAAACUUUGUGUUUCCAGCUUGAAGUAUCGUCUCUUGACCUUCCUAAUAAUUAAUUCAGCAAGGUUUUUAAACUCUAAUUUUUACAGGAUACUGGACUGUAGGUCAGAGCACAUGGACAGGAACAACUGUCUUCUAGAUGCAAUUGGAAGGAGGCGGAAGGGAGCAAGUCAGAAUUUUUCAUUUGCCCUUUUUCCUCCCCUCCUUUUGAGGGCAACUUCUUAGCUUUGGUGGGGCUUUUUUUGGUGUUUUGUUUUCCUUGCUUGUUGCUUUCUCUAAUCUCUUUAUUACAGACUUUAGUGCGUUUAUCUCGGUGUGUUUUCCGGAGGCGGGCCCAGCGUAGCGCUGAUGGAUCGCAGUACGUGACGUUAGCCUGGAAUUGCAGGUGGAACCCUGGGCAGGUUGUUCCGCGAGUCCCCCAGCGCCGCUGUCUCUAUACGUCUAAUAUAUAAACCAAACGCUGGCGAAUCAGAGCUGUGGCUGGAUUUUCUGUAUACUGACCGAGCAGGGUGCUGUAUACUAGAAAUCGGGCGUUGUAUGCACUGGGAACUCGCUGUUUGCAGCUGAUGUAGUAGCAACUGACUUUUUUGAACUGUUUAAAGUGGAACUGAAGGUAAAGAGUUAAACGAACCCCCUCGUGUUCAGAGGAGCUACUUGAAAGGUAGCGUCUUGCCUAGCUGUAUGCUGACUAAGUUGCAACACUAUUCUGUAGUUCGUGUUCAAGUUUAAAGGUGAUUACCAUAACGACACAAGUAGAAGAAUUCAGUGCAUUAAUCUGCCAAAAUCAGCAUGCCAGGGUUCAAAGUUCUGUAUAAAGCGUUAGGGAAAAGUAGCUUCCAGCAGUAAGAAUAACACCUUUCUUUUUUUUCCUUUUACUUUUUUUAGUGAAUAACAAGUGUACAAAUUUCAAGUUGUAAGUUGUGAACACUGGAAAACUCAAUUGUGAUAUAUACCAUGCACACCUUAGUAAUAUAUGCUAGUGUUGCCAUUAGAAUGAAUGUAAGUGGCAGUUAAAAGAACUGUGAACAUUUUCAUCUUCUGAUUUCUUAGCCAGAUAACCCUUGGCGGCUUCUUCCUCAGUAGGCAUUCGCUAUCAACUGCUUUGAGAACACUCAUAUCUAUUUUUAUAAAUAUAUAUAUAAAGCCAGAGUUGUCAUUUCUCUAACUUAUUAUUCAGCUUGGCAAUUGCUUUGAUUUGAUUCAUAACACGAUAUAAUGUAUUUAUGCAGUUAACUGUUCAUUUCUACGCAUGUUAUAUAUAUACACAUAUAUAUAUAAAGAGAACCAAAAUCAUUAUUCACUUUUAAACUACCUGUACUGGGUUUGGGAGGUGUUUUUCUUUUAAUUUAGUAAAAAUUUGUCGAUCACAUUUACAGUUUAGGGAUGCUUACAUACCCCUUCUCCAUUUAUUUUGAUAACGCUACGUUUGUUGGAAUGAUAGAAAUUGAAAUAUUUUUCAAGUUCUGAAUGCAAUUAAUUCCAAGUUAAUUUUAAGUCAUUUUAAAGGCUCUAAACAAUUACUGCGAACUGGAAAAAACCAAACCUGUGCGAUAGUGGGAGAUCUUGAGGAUAGAUUGGCGCUGUCGUUGCUGCGUUUGCUGUCCCGAGCGCGGGCUCUUUGGGCAGGGGCGGGUGCGGAUGUUCAUCGCUGGCCUCCCUGGAAAAGCAGAGCUCAGAGCGUGAAUUUUUAACAAUUGCGAAAUGUAACUUCAUUUAUUAACGUGGAAAAAAAAUAGAAACGACCCGCAGUUCCGUCAUUUUUUGGUCGGUGGUUGGAAAAGCUCGACGGCAGCGAGGACGCGCGCUGCGUGCGUUUCCAACAGCAGCUUCUGCCUCUUGAGCAAAUAAGUCUGUAAACCUGUCGGCUUUUUCCAGCAUAUCCAAACCUUUCUCAGAUUAGGGCGUUCACAAUUAUUAAUUUAGUACCUGCGUGCAAGGAUUUAAGGUUAGAAUUUCCCUCUUCCCCCUCCCCACUGUCAUUUAGAAUGUGGGGUUUGGUUUUAUUCCUCUUAUUCUUUCUGGGGAAGGGCAGGGGAACAACUAAGUCCAUCUAAAGGCUGUGAAAGCCCCGGUGACGCUGUCCUUGUCCGCUCGGAGCGACACGCAGCAGUUCGCGUUCCUUCUCGCUCGCUUACACGUGAUGUAAAGACAAACUUUCCUAUUCUGCUGAUAUUAAAUACCACAAGGUGCAAAACACAUGUCACUUUGAGUUUUAUGAGCUGUGACUUGGUUUGGGAAUGGUUGACUUUUGGUAGCCGCAAAAGUAGACACCCCCAGUUAAGUUCUUUUCCGAGUUAGUGUGCAUGGAAGAGAUUGGGCCACACGCUUGUGCUGGGGGGUGAAAGGAGGAGUAAUUAUUUGCAUGUGAUAGUAAAAUGAAAAUGCAAAAAGUUUCUUUUGAUUUCUAAGAUUUAAGUUAGUUUUCUAGUAUCUUACAUUCCUGCUAUCUUUGGGUUUUGUUCGAGUUAGCCUGGCACAGUAUGAUGGUGCAGUUUUAGCAGUAGGUUUAAAUAAAAGAAAAGAAAAAAGACAAAAAAAUAACUAUUAACCAGAAGAGAAAGAUGAUACUGUGGCAGAUCAGUAGCAAAUAAGUGACUUAACUGAUGCUUUACUGUAGUUUAAUAGCUAUGGCCUUACUACUUUGUCGAUAUCAGCUUAAUUGUCUCGAAAUGUCCGCUCUUUUUACUGUCUCCCAAGUGAGUGUUCACCUGGGGUGAAAUAUCUGGUAUGUACAGAUGAUAUUUUAAAUUUGUAAAAUGCGCCAUUGUAUUACAGACGAUGCAACAGAAAUGCACUUCGGGGGGAAAUGGCUUCUGAUAAGUUCUUUUGUAAAUCCUUGAUUACUACAGAUAUGCAAUAGAGUUUUUGUUUCUAAUUUUGAUAUUUCCUUCUGAUACAUAAGAUUGUUGCCAUUAAUCUGAAUGAUUUAUCAUGCUCUUUGUGUGUAUAUAUUACAUAUAGUCUGAGCUUCCUUUAGGAUGGUACAUAAUUUUGGUUUGUUGUAGUAUUUUAGUUGGCUCUUCUCUUAAGUGCCUUUAGCAGGGGCACUUGAAGAGGUUCAUUGAGUCUGUUUUUAAUGUACAGUUGGGAGGACUUGAAAUGGAGUGAAAGCAACUUAUUUCUGAAAAAAUCCAUCUGCGACCUAACCUGUAACAACUUUAAAAUUUUAUAUUUAAGAACCAGAGGUUUAUUUUUAUGGAGCUUCAGUUAUGGAUACAGUUUCCAAAAAUGCAACUUCAGAUGUAAACAGACUGUGCGUAAAUGGGUUUUGUUCUAAUUUUUAUAGAAUACAAAAUAUUCACAUAAUAUAUUGAGCUCAUCUUGUUCCUCCCGGAUGAAUCCAGCUUCCCCUUGGCAUUUACGAUCUCUCUUCAACAUGGUAGGGCUGCAGCAAAAGGAGAAAACAGCAACCUCUCUGGCUUCUCUACUUGUCUGUUCUGGUAUCUUCCUGUUGUCCAAACUGUCCGAAACAAAAAGAUUUGUGUAAAGUAGGUUCAUGCUUUAAAUGUUAAAAUGAUAAUACAUGUAUUUGUAUUUGUUUUUGA